CCGUCCAAUCACAACUUCUGUCAAGAUGCAACUCUCUUCUCUCAUCGUCAGCAUGUGCCUGUCAGGCAUGGCCAACGCAGUCAACUUCGCCGACUACAAACCUCAAGCCGGCGUAGAGGGCGCAUUCAAAGACUUCCUGCAAGCACUCUACAGCGCAGCCGAAGACCCCAAAGCCACGAAGGGCUUCACCGACUUCUUCGUCCCCACCACCGGCCAGCUCUUCGUCAAAUCCCUCCACGGCGCCGGCGCCAGCAAAAUUCUCGGCAUCAAGCAGAUGCUUAUGCCCACGGACGGCCACAAACACUGGAACCACUACCCGGGCGUCGCGAAGGUCGGGUCCGAGACGGAUACCAGUAAGAUCUACAAUGUCGUAGGCCAGAUCGACACCCGUUAUGACGGUGGUAAUUGCAGUUCUGCUCACUUCGAGACCAAUUUCGAGGUGUUGAAGGAUGCGAGCGGAGAUGUUCGUCUCGCGCCUGGAAGCGGAUCGCUGGCGCUGUACGAUGACUAUGUCGUUGAGCCGGAGUACACUCCGACCGAAUAUCCAUGCCAUGCUUAGCGGGACGAUGGUCUGAAUGGCGCUUGGAGAGCUGAGCCCUGAGGGUUGUCAGUCGAGAAGUGUACUUUGAUAGAUGAGAAGUGCGAUAUGAGCGAAUCGCAUUUGUCGUUCGCUGUGUCCGG